UCAUGGUUUAGUCGAUUUUAUUUUCGUAGAAUUAAAAAUUUGAAAUAUAACGAAUUUUUUCAACAUUCUAUUCUCGCAACAAUGAUUUUGUACUACUUGAAGACCAGUGAACACUUCUCAAUAGUGAACUUUCUUUCUUAAUCGUUCGGGUGUUCAAUUGUUGAUUGGCUUCAGUUUUAUCGGAUUCAUUAAACAAAGCAACAAAUUUUUGCAAUUAUUUUCUCAUUCACUUUCAUGGAUUCCGGAAAAUAUUAUCAAUCAUGUUUAAAUGUAACUGUCAAACUUAAGGAGUCAUUUUUGAGGAGAAAAUCACGUGGUUGCUUGACGUUUUUUGGAAGUGUAAAUACACCACGAUGGCACUUGACUUCGCUGCCGGUUGUUUUGGAGGGUGCGCCGGUCUUGUGGUGGGAUAUCCUUUGGAUACAAUAAAGGUUCACAUUCAGACGCAGGACGGCAGAAACCCUCGAUUUAGAGGAACAUGGCAUUGUUUCCGGUCAAUUCUAGCAACAGAGUCGAUAACCGGCUUCUACCGCGGCAUGACCUCCCCAAUGGCAGGAGUGGCCUUCAUAAACGCCCUGAUCUUCGGGGCCUACGGUGAGGCCCAGCGUCACUCCUCCAACCCGGACGACCUCUCCACCCACUUCCUAGCAGGUGCCGCAGCAGGUCUGGCGCAGUCUCCUGUGGCAGCUCCCCUAGAACUCGCGAAAACCCGAAUGCAACUGCAAUCGACAGGUUCCCACCGCUACUCCGGGCCGAUUCAGUGUCUCAGAGACAUCUAUAGGCGCGCAGGGCUGGCAGGUGUGUUCCGUGGUCUCGGGAUCACGGCCCUGCGGGAAGCCCCGAGUUAUGGGAUUUACUUUUUGACGUACGAGUCACUUACGAGGACAGAAUCAACGGUUCCGACGUCUACAGUGACGAUGCUCAUCGCUGGUGGACUUGCUGGGACAGCCUCGUGGGUCUUCACUUAUCCAAUUGAUGUGAUAAAGUCUAGACUCCAGGCCGAUCUUCAUCAGAGGUACCUCGGGAGCAUCGAUUGUCUGAAGAAGUCCAUCAGGGACGAGGGCGUCUCCUGCCUCUUCAGGGGCCUCAACUCCACGAUCAUUCGAGCUUUUCCGACCAAUGCCGCCACAUUCGCUGUUGUCCACUGGACUUUCAGACUGUGCGGGCAGGACGACGGACACAAGAAGGAGGAGAGCGUGGGUCUGGGGGUCAGUGUCGUUCAAGAGACCCAGGAGAGUGUCAGCAACAAAUGGAGCACUUUUGUUAACAUGUGGAAUGGCGAUGCCUACGCUAAUUCAUUCUUUCUGGCUAUUGCUAGAAGGAAUUCUACCGCUGGUGCUGAGGACAGCAGCGGUGGGGGGAAAGGUGGUAUUGUUGAGUCAGAUACUGCUACUUCGUGAGAUUUCUUAUCGGUGAUCUAUUUAUGUGCGAAUGUAUUUUUGUAAUAAAAAUUGUGAUGAGAUGGGA